AUGUCUGCGUCUGCCAAGGUCUGGAUUAAUAAGGACACCAAAGUUAUUUGCCAGGGUUUCACUGGCAAACAGGGUACAUUUCACUCACAGCAAGCUAUAGAUUAUGGAACUAACAUGGUGGGUGGAGUCACUCCAAAAAAGGGCGGCUCGAUGCACUUGGGUUUGCCGGUAUUUAAUACGGUAGCCGAAGCCAAGAAAGAGACUAGCGCUGAUGCCUCUGUUAUUUAUGUGCCACCGCCUUUCUGCGCUGCAUCCAUCAUUGAAGCCAUUGAGGCUGAGAUCCCCCUCGUUGUAGCUAUAACAGAGGGCAUCCCGCAACAAGAUAUGGUCAAAGUCAAGUGGCACCUGCGUAACCAGAGGACUACGCGUCUCAUUGGUCCUAAUUGCCCCGGCAUCAUUAAGCCUGGUGAAUGCAAGAUGGGUAUCAUGCCCGGUUAUAUCCAUCAAAAGGGAAAAAUCGGUAUUGUUUCCCGCUCUGGCACCCUUACUUACGAAGCCGUGGCACAAACCACAGCUCUGGGUCUCGGUCAAUCAACUGUUAUCGGAAUAGGUGGUGACCCAUUCAAUGGCACCAACUUUGUUGACUGUCUUGAACGCUUUACGAACGAUCCAGAGACCGAAGGUAUCAUUAUGGUGGGCGAAAUCGGUGGAUCUGCCGAGGAGGAGGCUGCCGAGUGGCUCAUGGCUCACGGCGACCCUAACAAGCCCGUGGUGAGCUUCAUUGCCGGCACAACUGCUCCUCCUGGACGUCGUAUGGGUCAUGCAGGUGCAAUUGUAUCGGGUGGAAAGGGAACGGCUGCAGGUAAGUUUGCCGCUCUCGAAGCUGCUGGUGUUGCUGUUACGCGGUCGCCUGCUCGUCUUGGUGUGACACUGUUCGAGGAGAUGAAAAAGCGUGCUUAA